CUUGCUUCCAAAACUUCUCUUUUGAAGGGUUUAUCAUCUCUCUCUGCACUGGAUCAUUGAAGUUUCCGUCAAGUUUAUAUGGGUUUUGAGUCUUCAUAGAAACCCAGAAAGCGGUUCUAGAGAUUCGAGGACUUUGAACCAUGGAAGAUCCAUGUAAUGUACAGUCCGAAGAUAAUAAAUCUCUUCCAGAUAAAAACAAGAAAAGGAAACUAAAGACCCCGACCCAAAUAGAGGCAUUGGAGAGAUUCUAUGUUGAUCAUAAGUACCCAACUGAACAGAUGAAAGCUCAAUUAGCUGAAUCCAUUGGUUUGAUGGAAAAACAAGUUUCAGGAUGGUUCUGCCACAGAAGAUUGAAAGACAAGAGAUCGUUAGGUGGUGAAACAUGUGAUAAUGUGAGACAAGAUCGUUUGAGUGGCAUUGUUAUUCAGGAUCAUGCAAGUGGACAUAGUCAGGAUUCUUGUGGUAGUAGUAAAGAAGGGGAUAAUAAUAACCACUUUGAUCUCAAAGAGGCAGAAAGCAAAAGAUUUAUUGGAUUUGGUCGUCACAAAGAAGAAGAAGAAGAAGAGACCGACUUAGAUGAUACAUCUUCUGGAGAUAGCAUUCCUGUCCAGAAAAGAUACUUACCCAGAGAUCAGCAGCAACCUUAUAUGAAUGUGGAAAAUUCAAAAUAUCUAGCGAUGAUGUGCAGCAGGAACAUUGUUCCUGCAGAUUCAAAGCAGUUGCAAGUGAAGAAGACUAGACCGUCUGGUUAUUUAAAACUGAAGGCUCCGGUUGAGAAUCCUGCUAUAACCGCUGUUAAGAGGCAACUGGGUAGACAUUAUCUUGUCGAUGGACCACCUUUAGGGGUUGAAUUUGAUUCCAUUCCUCCUGAUGCAUUUGAUUCUCCAACUCCAGAUCACAUCAUGAACAAAUCUGAAUUUAUUGGAACCAACGAACAAUUUGAGUCUGGCAUGAGACAUGGGGCAUACAAUUGCAGGACAAACUCACAAAACCUGGAUGUAGAUGGGCUAAGAUCCAAAUUCAUUCUAGGGCCUGAUCCUCGGGAAUAUUACUCCAGCUCAACCAUUAGUCCAUUUCCAAACAAAAGUUCGUCAGAACAUAUGCAUGAAGAUUAUUCUGGAGAAAUGUCUCCAUAUGAUGAUAGAAUAUUGACCAAACAUUCUGUACCCAGAAACUAUGCUCGGGCUUAUAAACACAGAACAAGUGCAGAAACAGAAUCCUCUUUCUGCAAAUCUUAUGAACAAAACACUGAGGCUGCCCAAGCUAAGCAUUUGUUUACUCAUAAUAUGGAGGAUAGAAAGGCUUCUAGAAGCAUAGAUAAGGUGCAGGAAAGUAAUGCAAAGUAUUACCAUUCAGCCUUGGCAGUUCAGCCACAGAGAGAAAAGAAAGUUAUGACAAGAGUCCAAGAUGAACCGCCAGAGUAUCAGAACACAAGAAAAGCACCACAAGUUGAGAUGCCAGUCUGGACCAAUCAGCUGAAAAGUGAUUUCACCAGAUCUGCUAUUGACCAUGUGCCAUCUAGUUUAAGUGACGAUGAAACUGCAACGACACCUUCUACUUCUUCUUCAGAGGAGGAUUGAGAAAUAGCUGGGAGAUGGUCCAGGCAAAUCUCAACGGUGGCGAGUCACAUCCAUCAUUUGUGGAUUUGAAGCCGGUUAUUGGAUGAUUAGAAAUGGUAAACUCUUGUUAUCGUAUAGAGAAUGCUCUGCAGUAAAUGUGUUAGUUACCCUUUAUUAAUUCAAAAUCAUUUGAUUUUUUCUUUCUAAUUUGACACCUUAGCACAGCUAACUUUCUGGAAUAAAUAUAUGUCAUGAUCUUAUAAUAGAAUAGUAUUGGGAAGGAUUAAUAUGAGCUAAAUAUAUACUUAAAAAGCUAUGGUUUGAUGAUCCCACUUCUUCUUAGCUUUCAAUAAAGUGCAUGCUCUUAAUCAACA